AAGAUUAUCACGUAUUGCGCGUUGGAAAAAAAAAAGUAAUGGUCCCGUGACUUAAAAAUAAUUUAUAUAUUGAAGCCCCACAAGUUGUUUUCUUUUCAGAAAUUCUGCUUAAACUAAAAAUAUAUUAUGGCACUUAACAAAGUUGACGACAAACGGACCGUAGUGGUUUGUGGUCUUGGUAUGGUCGCCCUAUCAUUUAUUGAAAAGUUAUUAAAAUAUGACACAAAACACCAAUUUAGAGUAGAAGUAUUUUGUGAAGAAGCUCAAGUUGCAUAUAACAGGGUCGGUUUAACUCAAUUCUUUUCUCAUCGAGAAGAAGAACGAAUGUUGAUGCAACCCUUAAGUUGGUAUUCGGAGAAUGAUGUAACUGUUCACAUAAACGAGAAAGCAACUUAUAUCGACACAACUACAAAAUGUGUAAUAUCGGAAAAUGGCUUAUCCGUAUCUUAUGACACGUGUAUGUUGGCUACAGGAUCUUAUCCGUUUGUACCACCGAUCCCUGGUUGGGAUAAAACUGGUGUAUUUGUAUAUCGUACCAUCAAUGAUUUAAACGAAAUUAUCAAUUAUGGCAAAAAAUCUAAACGUGGUGCAGUAAUUGGGGGUGGUUUACUUGGUCUUGAAGCCGCUAAAGCUUUGAUGGAUUUGGGAUUGGAUGUAACAAUCGUUGAAGUUGCUCCAGUAUUAAUGGCAAGACAAUUAGAUGCUACAGGUGGAGAAAUGCUUAAAGAUGAAAUCGAUAAAUUAGGAAUUAAAUGUAUUCUUGGUAUUCCACCAAAGGAAAUUACUACUGACGAAGAUGGCAGGGUUUCAGGUAUUCGGUUUGAAAAUGACUCAAUUGAAUUGGAUUUAGUUAUCGUUGCUGCGGGUAUUCGUCCACGUGAUGAACUCGCUAAAGCAUCGGGAAUUUCGACACACCAACGUGGCGGCGUUUUUGUUGAUGAUUGUCUACAAACAAGCGACCCUAACGUUUACGCAAUCGGUGAAGUCGCUUUAUAUGGUGGUAUGAUUUAUGGUCUUGUUGCACCUGGUUAUGAUAUGGCUGAUGUUGUUGCAAGUAACUUGACAGGUGGAGAUAAACGAUUCUUGGGAGGAGAUUUGUCAUGUAAACUUAAACUUUUGGGAGUUCACGUUGCCAGCUUUGGUGACUAUACUGCUAGUAAAGAUGUGGCGAUGCCUUUGUUAUACAACGAUCCCUUUGGCUCUGUGUAUAAAAAACUUUUAUUCUCAAAGGAUGGCAAAUACUUGCUCGGUGGAAUUAUGGUCGGUGAUACAGAUGAUUAUACUAAACUACACGCUCUAAUGAAAUCAAAGAAAGUUUUAACUGUUGCUCCCGGCGAGCUUAUUCUUGGUGUUAAAUCCGGUCAAGCUCCCGGUGCAGAUGAUCUUCCUGAUGAAGCUCAAAUUUGUUCAUGUAAUAAUGUAUCAAAAGGGCAAAUUCGGGACGCAGUUAAAAUCGAAGAGUGUCGUUCUAUUGGUCAAAUUAAAUCAUGUACAAAGGCCGGUACAGGAUGCGGUGGAUGUCUUCCGGCUGUAACAGAAAUUUUCGAGACUGAAAUGAAAGCAUUAGGUCACGUGGUGACUAAUGCGCUUUGUCCUCAUUUCAGUUUAACACGUGCUGAAUUAUUUCAAGUUGUCAAAAUAAAAAAAUUGACAAAUUUCAAAGACAUUAUUGAAAAGGUCGGCAAAAAUGGAACUCACGGAUGUGAAAUCUGUAAACCAGCUGUCGCGUCAAUUUUAGCUAGUUUAUGGAAUGAUCAUAUUCUUAAUCACGCCAAUUUACAAGACACGAAUGACCGUUAUCUUGCGAAUAUUCAACGUGGUGGAUUAUAUUCGAUAAUUCCUAGAGUACCUGGAGGUGAAAUCACACCUGAAAAGCUUCUAGUGAUAGGAGAAGUUGCCAAAAAAUAUGGAUUAUACACUAAAAUUACUGGUGGCCAAAGAAUUGAUCUUUUUGGUGCUAGAAAACAAGAUUUACCUACUAUCUGGGAAGAACUUGUUAAUGCCGGUUUUGAAUCCGGCCAUGCUUAUGGAAAAGCUUUGAGAACUGUAAAAUCUUGCGUUGGUUCAGAGUGGUGUCGUUAUGGUCAAGGAAAUAGCGUAGCCUUUGCUAUUGAAAUAGAAAAUCGGUAUAAGGGAAUUAGAGCUCCUCAUAAGAUUAAAGCCGCCGUCUCUGGUUGCAUUAGAGAAUGUGCAGAAGCUCAAGGAAAAGAUUUUGGUCUCAUUGCAACGGAUAAUGGUUAUAAUUUAUAUGUUUGCGGUAAUGGUGGAGCUAAACCAAAGCAUGCUGUUUUACUGGCAAAGGAUAUUUCGGAAGAACUCGCCAUCAAAUAUAUCGAUAGGUUUUUAAUGUAUUAUAUCCAUACUGCUGAUAGAUUGACGCGUACAGCAAGAUGGCUAGAAAAAAUGGAAGGAGGAAUUGAAUAUCUUAAAAAAAUUAUUAUUGAUGACCAUCUUGGCAUUUGCGCAGAAUUGGAAGAAGACAUGGCUCGAUUAAUUUAUUCCUAUGAAUGUGAGUGGGCCAAAGUCGUGCAAGACCCAAAAAGACGUGAAGAUUUUACUCAAUUUAUAAAUACGGACGAAACCAUUGAUGGAAUUGAAUGUAUAAGUGAACGUGGUCAAUCCCGUCCGGCAGAUUGGCCAAAAGAAUGUGCAGUCACAGAAAAAGACAUUAGUGAAGUUAAAAAAUCAGCAAAUUUGGAAUCAAAGAAAUGGGUGAAGAUUGCUCCAUCUAGUGCAUUCCCAGAUGAUGCUGGGCAGGUCAUCAAAUAUGGAGACACACAAAUCGCAAUUUUUAAUACCAAUGAACGUACAAAAUGGUAUGCUACACAAAAUAUGUGCCCGCAUAAGCGAGCUUUUGUAUUAUCUCAGGGGUUAGUUGGCGAAGAAGAAAAUGGCACGAUUAAAGUAAGCUGUCCAAUGCAUAAGAAAAAUUUCGCAUUGGAAACUGGUGAAUGUGUAUCGGGAGAUGUGGAUCUCAAGCUUAUGACUUUCGAAAUUAAAAUUGAGGAUGAUUUCGUAUGGCUAUAUCUUCCUCCCAAACAAGAACUUGAUCGAAUUCUUGGAACAAGUAAAUGGAAAGUUUCUAAAAAAUUAUCGAAAAUGAGCAAGAGCAAAAAUAAUAUAGAAAUUUUGGGAAGUACAGCUGCAGUUGGGUGUGGUGAUAUAUCACCUUGUGGUGAUAAAAAAAUGGAUUGGUAAUUACUUCUGUACCGUGUAUUUUAAAUUGGAUAAAUUAAAUUUAAGUACCAUUUUUAUUUAUAUUAGCAGUUCAAAUAAUAUCUUUGCAGUUUGCAAAGUCAUUAUAGAACAGAUUAUAUUCGAUAGAUUCUUAUACAGUCAAUGAAAUUUAUGAACUAAAAAUGUUAGUGCAUUUUAUUUAUUUUAAUCGUAACCCUUAAACUGUUUUGCAGGCAAAUUUGCCUGCAAUUUUGUUUUUUAAUUAAAGAUACUUUAAAUGUUUUAAAAU